GUCACCUACUUAAUACAUAGUAGUAGUUGCCUCCAUAGCAGGCACUUCACUGUCUUAUUUCUCUUUCAUGAGACAAGUAUCCAUGAGACAAGUAUCAGCCUCUAUUCUAUACCAUUCUUUUACACGUUCCUUGACAUUUUCUAAUGAGCAAUCACAUUCUUUUGGAUACGCGUCGUCGGAAUGGUUGGCAAACCAGUGCACAGCAUCCUCAGCUGGGAACCCGAGUCAAGGGAAGAUCUCAAGUACUUUCGCACUAUCCCGUGGUGUUCUAAGAUUGUUUCUUCUCCAAAUAUCAGGCCUUAUCAAGUGACCUCCCCGUUGCGGUGCGACAGAGGCCCAGAUCCCGUGAUCCAUGGCUUUAUGUUCCGCCAAGGGGGCGUGCUACGACACGCGAGCCUAUUGGCAGAUCCCGGCACCAUUCCCUCACUCCAUGUAGUAGACAAACCGGUCAUAGGAGGCCCGGGUGAAGAAAAGCCAGACCAGAACACGAGACUUGCUUCUCUGGAAACUACCGCCGAGGAGGAAUAUCCAGUGCACGUAGACAUUUUCACUUUCGGCGAUUCCCUCCAAGCCGUGCCGGGGACGAUACACGGCGGGGUCCUGACUCUGCUGGCCGAUGGCGUGUGCGGGAAAACCGCUUGGAUGCAUCGCGAUCCACUGAAGCAAGUCUACACUGCGUAUACGAACGUUCGCUUUAUCAAACCAUUACUUUUCGGCCCAGACGGCACAGUUACCACAGUCAUGAAGACUCAGGUUAUCCAAGAGUUAUCAACCGAAGGCAAGAUUAUGGUUUAUGCCACUAUGGAAGGACCCGGAGGAGUCGUACAUGCCACGGCGGAGAGCAUGGUCGUAGAGAAGUCCUGGAAGGGAAAGCUCUGAAAGGUAUCCUGCCAACUAAGAUUGUAUUGUCCCAAGCCCGGAACCGAGGAACUGAUAUGUCGUCAAUUUUCACGUUCACAGCGCUGCGUUAUACCCCUCCAUAACUACCCUACGUACGUAGGUAUGAAUCACAUCGCGUCGUUUGAAUCCUCCUAUUUAUUAGAAGAGAUUGCCAGCGAGAUAAUCUACCAGGCCAUGCUUCACGAACAAAGAGCGCAAUAAGAAAAUUAGCCCAUGAAGUUCGCCGACUGUAUAGCUAUAUGUAGACUUUGGAACUGGUCGUCUUAGGUAUGAAUAGGUACCUACAUAGAUAACCUACGUGCAUGUAAAGAAUAGUAUGAUACACGAGAGGCUUAUGAUGGCUUUGAACCCCUUUGCCUCAAUUGGGCAUCAAAAUGAAUGACACCACUUCGAGGGUCACACAGCCGCACAACUCGUGAUACCCCAUAUGCCCGUUAUGAUAACGCCACUUGUGCAUAGUUAGUAUCGUAGUACCUAUACGUUUGUGUCCUAGGCUUUCAUCUUGGCAAAUAGUGCCAAGACGUAAGUCGGGGAAUAGUACAUAGAAUCAACCAUUGACUAGGCACUUUCACAGCCUGAAAUAAAGAAUAAAAGAGUGAUAGGUAGUCAUUUGGCGAAUAAAUAGCUGUGGGCGAUUGUUGUGUUUAAUAAGCCUGAGAGAAAAUGGUGUGCGAUGUAUGGAGCAUGACGUGCUCGUCGCUUCGAUGUUAGUCCAA